GUUAUGGUACUCCAGGAUGUGGUAUUUACCAUGACCAAUUCUGUUCUAAUUUUUCAGGCCUUUGACAGGACAGGGACUCUACGUGCAAUUUGCGGAGGGGGCAGAUAUGACAAGCUUCUGUCUACAUUUGGGGGAGUAGACACUCCUGCCUGUGGAUUUGGCUUUGGGGACGCAGUUAUUGUCAAGGUGAGAACAUAGAACCCAGUUAUUGUGGAGAGACGUGAUGUUAAUUCGCACAUUCUCUACUAAUUCUUUUGGAACUAGGAUCCAGGUUCUCACUGUUCAAUUUCAUUCACAUCGCUUGCAGUACACUCAAUGCAGUUCGGACAGCACCUGCUUCAACUUUGCAAGAUCUUCUUGCGUUCCUGGUAGUUGCUCAUGAUCCGUUUAUGAGUAGAGUACUGUGGGUAGCUCUUCUUGCAAUGCGCUAGUCUCAUGCCCAGCACGCACAUGCACUCGAGUUCAGAUUUCUCUGAGUGAAGGCGGCUUGCGGAUCGGGGAGGGGGACUCCUUUAGGCUCGGAUUCAGUUUGCCUGCGCAUGCCAAGGAGCAAUAGGUUCUUUUUUUACGAAAGUGGAGGGCAGAAUGGAAGGAGACGAUGCGUCCAUGCUCAGAAUGGAAGGAGACGAUGCGUCCAUGCUCAGUCCCGCUGCUGAACUUGAGACACAGGGAAUGAAAGUGGAGGGCAGAAUGGAAGGAGACGAUCAGCUUCCCUUACGAGUUCAAGACUUUCUACAGCUUUUGCCUUUCCACUUUCGUCGGGGAUCUGUACUGUUGAAUUUGUUGGAUCUACGAUCUGAAGUUAGUGACUUCUUCCCGAAUGUUCGACACCGGAUUGCGACGGAUGGGCGGCGAGGCCAAGUGCGCCUUCGAGUGCUGGAGGCAAUCGGCAGCUGCUUCAGCAGUUAUGAAGGGCUGGACGUAGGAGAUAUUUGUGGCCGUAAUAUAUCGAGGUUGACCGCUAGCGAAUGGGAGGUAGUGUUGAGAGGUUUUAGGUCCAGCAGCGUUUUACGAGAGAUGAAAAUUAGCCAACUGAAAUGGAGUUCCGAAGCGGAUUUGGAGAGCUUGGGUUUACAGCUGGGGAUAAUUCUGAAUACCUCUAGUGUAACGGAUUUGACAAUACAGUAUUGCACAUUGACCGAGAGAUUUUUCUUGAAUCUCGCAUCAGGACCGCUAGAAAACUCCCACUCGAAACUCAAGUCUUUACAAGUAGGUGGCGUCUGGGGGGACGGAGUCAACGCGAUGAAGUUUAUCCUUGAGGUGUUGACCGGUCAUCAUCAAUUAGAAACUUUGAGUUUAUCCUCCAUCCUAGGGGGACAAGGCGGGGUUGAGGCGGCCGUUCGGCUCUUGCCCCAGGGUUUGAAGCAGAACUCGUGUUUAAAAGAAUUGGUUUUACAAAAAGUGGAGGGUGGAUCUGCCGCGUUAUUGCUGAACGCAUUGGCCGGAGAUGAUGGCAACCGAUCGAUUGAGCGACUUCAGCUGGCUUAUAUGUCUGGAAUCGGGAAAUGUUUAGCAGAAGUUUUCAUUUCCAAUCGAUCAUUGAGGGUAGUGACGUUGGAAGACAUCGACAUGCCUGUGGAGGAAUGUCGCUUGCUAGGCGAAGCAAUACGUGACAAUGACACAGCGACAACUGUCAAAGUAAUAUCAACGCUAACAUUGGAACUAGAAGAGCUUUCUCGCGCUGCUAGCUCCCACAGGAAGGAACCCGUGCUCCAUCUUGAACUCAUAUUUUGCCAUUACAAUCAAGUUACGUCAGGGCUCAACCUUUUAGGUAGUCUGCUGGGAGGAGAAAUCAAGUCUGUAAAAUAUUUUCGUCUACUUGAUAUAUAUUCCAAGGAUAUUAUGAAAGUUAUUUUGUCGAUGAAUGGGAGCACUGGAGAAUUUUCAGUCCUGAGUAAACUGCAAUUAGAUUCAGAAAGGGAAGAUGUUUUUUCGGGAAUAUGGAAUCAACUGUUGAGGGUGCGUGAGAACACAAGUGUCACUAGCUUGUCUUUAGAUUUGGACGAGCAAAAUGAGGAGUUCAAGGACAGAGGAUUCGAGAAGGAGUUCAGGGACAUCAUGGCGUUACUGCGAGUGAAUUUGACUCUCCGGGAAAUAGAUGUGUCCAACACCCCGUGGGCAAGCGACGGUAGGGCGGCGCUGAUUGAAGCGGCCCUCAAGCAGAACCGGGAGCGGGCAGUGUACAUGUCAGUAUUCACUGAAGCGAAACUACCGUUGGGAGAUGCAAAAGCUGGUCGACUCUUCUUAUGCGGCUCUCCUAAAGCAGGCAAGACUCAAUUGCGUCGAACACUGAUGAAGAUAAUUCACGACCCGACUUGGAUCAGUGAAUUAUUGACAAAAUUGUCAAGGUCAAAAGGCAUCGAAGUGGAUUUUUUGCAGAACGAUGACGAAAUGCAAAUCUCAAUUUGGGAUCUUGCAGGACAUUGGAUUUUUCGUACCCUUCAAGAUGUACUGUUCCCUAAAACCAACGACUUUUGUGUUUUUCUUUUUGUCUAUAGCCCUGUAGUUAAAAAAACGUCUUCUCUUCAAAAAACGUCUUCUCUUCACAAAAAGUAUUCUGUUAAACCCCCCGAUUGUUUCCAGACUGAGUUGGAAGUCUGGCUGACUUUCAUCUCAUCCAGCACAAAAGUCAUGGGUCAUAAUCUUCCUCAAGUUCUUGUUGUAAUUUCACACAAGGAUAUGAUGGGAUCCAACUCUUUAGAUUGGGUUCACUCCAUAGUGGAAAAGCUCAAAAUAAGGUUCGCACACCGUGUGAACCUUAUUCAUGACUUUCUUUAUGUGAAUGCUCGGGAAAGGAAUCAAGUGAAGCCUCUCAAAGAUCGCAUUUUUGAGAUGUUCAAGAAGUUAUUCAGUGAAAAUUCCCCACGAGUUCCCCAGUUGUGUUUUCAACUCUCUUCCCAACUCCUUUCAAACAUCAAGAAGGACAAAACUUGCCCUCUUUGGUCAUUGAAAACGUUUAGUGAAUUCUGUGAUUCCAGCUUGAAACAACUCACUCUACCAUCUUCUGUUGAUCAUUCAAGAUUAUUGACCUCCCUCAUAUCCUACUUAAAUGAUGUUGGAUCCAUCAUUUAUAUUCCCAAGCUUGAUUACAUCAUCGUCGAUCCCAACUGGCUCACAAAUUCAGUUUUGGGUGAGCUGAUAGCUAUAGGUCAAAACUUUCAAGCUCAAGAGUCCAAGGCAUACAAGAAAACGAUGCCAUAUAACUCAUUUGCGAGGAAGGAAGGAUUUAUGAGUGAGGCAGACUUUUCUCUAUUGAUAGACACAUUCCUGGAGAAGCAUCCACGCCUUCAAGAUGUUGACAGAAAGGUCCUUGAAAAUAUUAUUUUCAAUCUAGAUUUGGGUUACAAGCUCGAAGAUUCUUUUGAAUAUUUCAUUCCCUCCUUCAUCCCUGAGUAUGCAAGCAUGGAAGAACAGGAGCAGCAAGAAGAGGCGCGCGUGGUGUCGAUGUCAUGGAACUCUACGGCUGUGAAUCCAAAGUUUGUCGGCAUUCGGAUUCAAUGCGAAGAUCAAAAAACAAUGACACUGUCUGCUGCGUUUUUUCCACGCUUCCAGAUGUUCAUGAGACGCAAGUUGGAAUCUGGGACUGUGACACUAUCUCGACAUUAUCUGCAACUUUUACUCGAUGGUCACCAAAUUUAUGUGGAACACUUUGAGAGUGAAAAGUGCCACAAUUAUGUAGACGUUCUGAUAUUAUGCUCAGAGGAGGAGAAUAAGUCAAAGGAGGAGGCUAUCAGAUAUGUACUGAAGCAUGUUGUCCAGGAGUUGAUAUCCUUUUGCGCAUCAUCCGAAGGUUGUCCCGGCGUGGCGUUAGUGCGAGGUGUGAUCCAAACAGUUUGCGUGGAGAAGCUGCAUCGGAGUCAUCUCAGAGGAACCAUUUUGAUUGAGGAGCUCAAAUCAAAGUUCUCUACUAGCAUCAAUGACAAACUUGAGGAUGAGUCGCAACCGGUGAAGGAGGAAGAGUUGCUCCACUACGAGUAUACUUGGCCUGAGAUCCCAAAAUUGCAUUUAAAGCCAACAUCUGAACGGGUUACGAAUCUGUUGUGGAAGAGAGAUGUGGAUGAGGUUGUGAAUGGGAUCCUACAGAAGCGCAAUCAACAGUUGAAGUCAUUGCAGGAUAGCCGCAACAGGUUGGACAAUUAUUUGGCUCAAUCUCAUACUGACAGCGAGAGCGCGGUUAGCAACUCGAGUUUACCUCACAGAAAAGACUGCAACCCAGCUUCAGCCAGCUGCUUGAGCAAGGCCAGCACAAGUGCGGACACCCAACUUCUUUUGUCCGAGAUCCACAGUGUGCAUGAGACAAUAAAAUCAAUGAAAGGCAUUGUGGAGGGACUGGAUGUGAAGUUGGGACAGGUAAUCUCAUUGCAACAACAACUACAGUCAACGUUCUGUGACUUGAUGUCUAAAGUUGACAGGAUGAUCGGGUAUUCAGAAUCGCAUCAGCAGGCCAGAACGCCAAAGAGACCUUACAUCACGGACGAUGUAGGCAUUUUCUACAAGAUGAGUGCCUUUCUGCAUGCCGGAACAAUCGUUACCUUACACUUGAUGUGUGAGAACGUUACUGGGUUCCACGCUGUCAAAGAUCAAAAAGGUUUGAAGCUUCGCUUGAAUAAGGAGAAUAGCGGAUGGAUUCCAAGAAUAAUUGAGAUUUCAUACAAAGUACUCUAUUAUGUUGUAAAGGCUGGAUUGUCUAGCACCCUCGGGUUAGGUGAUGCUAUUCCGCAAUGGAAUGAUUUACUAACCGAUAUUGCUAAACUAGAUGAUAUUAGUCAACCAGAUGGUAGGGCAAUUCGGAAAGGUGUGCGAAGCGAGGAGCUGAACGAAGCAUGGUUGAGGAUUCAGGAAACUCUUGCGCGUCGGCUAAAAGAUGACUAUUCCAAAAUCUUCAAGUUGUAUCCGGUGAAGUACGUGAGACAACAAAAUGGUGGGCAUGCAUGGGUAUGCGAGGAGUGCAUGACAAAAGGACUUCGUUCAGGAAGUUUAACAUGUUGAGAUAUUCAAGAGGUUAGAAUAUCAUUAUGCAAUUGACAAGCAUAUGUUUAGACCCUCUUGCAAUAUAAACCUUUGCAUGAUCUUCCUUAU